AUGUGGAUAGCGAAAUCCCAGAAAAACUACAGCACCUGCAAAGAGAAGGUAUAUUCACAUUGCGACGAGAAUUUCAUCCUUAAAGAUGUUACUGUAGACGCUGAUGCCAUUUCUCAAGCUCAACCUGGGUUUUACGAAAAUGGAAAGUUUGGCAUUCGACUGGAGAAUAUAGAACUUAUAGUAAAAGCAGACACAAAGUACAAUUUUAACAAUCGAGGCUACCUUACGUUUGAAACUGUAACAUUAGUUCCGAUUCAAAGCAGUUUAUUGGACAUUGAUCUGCUUAGUGACGCAGAGCAACCCCCGGCGAGGGCUCAGCUCGGUUACCCUCACGGAUCAACGAUUGAAAUUUCAAAGCCCAAAGAAGUAGAGUCCCCGGCGAGGGACCAGCUGGAUUGCCCUCACGGAUCAACGAUUAAAAUUUCUAAGUCGGAAGGAUUGAAUACCUCAACAGUUAUCACGCAAAGUGUCUGAACACUUUAAAACCCCUUCUUCAAGGACCUGAGAACGCUCAAGCUCUUACUUGGCUCGAGAAACAUACUAAGCCAAUAUCAAAGCAUUGACGAAGAACCAAUUUUUGAAACUACGACAAUACACAAGAAUGUUUAAAAACCUAUGUAUUAAUUAGUUUUUAUAAAAUAAAUGGAUGUGAAAUAAGUCA